UAUAUGAGCAAAUAAUAUAUCAUUGGAAUACAACAAAAUGCAUAGAGGAAUUAAAAAUCUUACAGCAAUACACCAAGAUCGGAUAUUUAAUGACAAUUACCAUAGCAACAUUCUUCUAUUUAUGCGUAUAUAUGUUCAUAAUAAUGCAAAUUUUACCAAAAUUCCUUGACAUAGUGGCGCCCUUAAACGAAUCGCGUUCCUACGAACUUUUGGCUAUAGCCACAUUUUUCUUCGAUCAAGAAAAAUAUUUCGUUCCAAUAUUUCUACAUAUGACAGUGGCGCUUUCAGUAGAAAUAACUAUAAUAAUAGCUACGGAAACAGUGUUCUUGAUAAUUACGCAACAUGCUUGUGCUCUAUUUAAAAUUGCCAGUUUUCGCAUAGAGCAUGCGUUUGAUUGCGAAAUACAUAUCUCUGCGAUGGAGAAAAACGCGAUGUAUUAUACUAAUAUAAUCAAUGCGAUAACUACUCAUAAUCGAGCUAUCAAGUUUUUCAAAUUUCUUAACUGCCACUUCGAGGUAUCUUAUUUCAUAUUACUUAUAUUAGGUGUGUGUUCUUUAAGCAUUAAUCUGUUUCGUAGAUUAACAAAUUGCAGUGACGAAAUAUUCUAUAAAACAUGCGAAUUGCCUUGGAAUACUGUCUCUAUUCGAUGUCAAAAAAUGCUCCAAUUCAUAAUGCAACGAAGCAUAAAAGGCAAUAAAUUUAUAAUACUUGGCUUAAUUGACGUAUCACUUGAACGCUUCGCUUCGAUGCAAGGGCUUAUGGAACAAGUGUUUCGUGACUGGAAUGCAUUAAGCAGCGUGCAAGAAAUGGAAAUAAUAAAAAGAUACUGGACUAUCGGAAGAUUCAUAACAUUGAUUACAACAUAUCAAGAAAAAUAUUUUAUUCCGCUUUCAUUUCACGUUUUCCUGACUGUUUUGUGUGGAUUAACCACAGUGGUAGCCACUGAAACACUUUUUAUGUCGUACGCGCAACAUGCAUGUGGAUUGUUUCAAAUAGCCAGUUGCCGCAUAGAGCAGGCACUGCAUACGAAAAUGUUACAAAGUGUUACAUCCUCUGCGGAAAGAAAUUUAAUCGUGUGUAAAGGAAUAAUCAGUGCGGUCCAUAUGCACAGAAGAGCAAUCAAGUUUAUGGAAAUGUCAAAGGCAAAUUUUAAAUGGGGAUAUUUAACAUUGUUACCGUUAGGAGUUCUGUCGCUAAGUGUCAAUUUUUAUCGUUUUUCUCAGCUGAUAAUAUCUGAUGAAUAUUAUGAACUGAUCAUUAGUACUCUUUUUAUCCUUGGCCAUUUUUGGUACGUGUUCUUCUGCAACUAUUUGGGUCAGGAAGUAAUCGAUCAUAGCGGGAAUAUCUUUUAUAGAACAUACAACACGGAAUGGUACGCAGCACCGUUAAAAGCGCAGAAAUUAUUGUUGCUUGUGAUGCAAAGGAGCAUGCGUCAUUCUCCACUCGUCCUUGGUGGUUUGUACAUUCCGUCGUUCGAAGGAUUCGCCACGCUUACGAGCAUGUCAGUUUCAUACUUCACGGUGAUCUUUUCCACUCGUUGAUCAUUUUCCUUCCCAUGAAAUAAGUCCGAAUAUAAAAACAUCAAUGCAAGUAGUUGAUAUACUUGUUACAAAUAGACUUGUUAUAAAUAGAAUAAUACAAAAGUAAUUGAUCUAAUAAAGCAUUUAUUGUAGU